AAUCGUCUUACGUAACAGCAGUACCCGAACGCCAGCAAUAUACCACAUACGUGGAACUCACUGUAUUCAACUAUGUCCGACGACGUGGUGCCCCCGAAAGAUUUCGGCUUACCCGACGGGAAAAUUCCCACGCCGGAAGAACUUCUGGCGGCCGUCGAAAAACUGUCCGGCCUCAGCGAGGAAAACAAGGAGGAACUGAGGCAGAGCAUCCUUAGAGGAGCCGCAGGCAGGAUGGCCGAGGAGAUUGUACCCCCAGUUGCGCAAGGUGGUGGUACCGGGACGGAGAUUUUGUUGUUGAUCGGGAUGAUUUCGUUGGUUUUCCUUGUUAUAGUAUUUUUCGGCUACAAACUCUACAAUUCUUUAGUGGAGAGGGAGAGGCGAAAAGAAGAGAAAAGGAGGCAGAAGCAACAAAAAAAGAAAAAAUAGAAAUGUUUGUUCCAAGUUUUACAAUCAUUCCAUAGUAUAAGAAAAAAUUGUCUGUUUGUUUAACAAUCAAAUUGUGUUCAAAACAUAUUCUGAAUGUUCGUAAAUAAUCUUUAUUCAAUUGUUGUAAUGUUCUGAUAUUUUAUUCAAUAUAGUUUGAUAAAUAUAUUUAUGAGAAUCGA